CCCCUCCCAAAAAGGUCCCGCUAACUAAUGCAUUACUUGAACGAGUGAUCCCUCCUUUUCCCCUCUGACCGCUUCUUGAUCCUUCUUCCCUGGUUUUUGGAUACCUCUGGUCGAAACAUCUCCAGCAAAACCUCAAACACUAACGGUUCUUGAUUCUUUUUCUUGCUUUGUACCCCGCCCUCUGGGUUUGGAAAGGGAAAGAUUCCCAAUUGAUAAUAAAGACCAGCAGACGCACGCCGCAGGUCACCCCUCUCGAGCUCUGACACCGAGAACCAUUUCCCCGGGACCUGUCCGAUUUCCCACCUCUGGAAUCUGGUAUCUUUUUUUGCAUUUUCCAAUCAUGGCAGUCACAACAUCAUCAUUUCUUACAUCCCCCUCUUUACCCUCUUUGGACACCGUGACCGAUACACUUGUAUCUCACUACCUUGUCACCUUUUUUGUCUCGGUUGCUGUUGGAUAUGUUGUGUAUCAACGAGUUUUCGCCCCGUUGGCUGGUGUGCCGGGACCUUUUUGGGCGAGUCUUGGAAAGGGCUGGUUGAUUGUUAGAGCGAGGAAGGGGGAUUUGCACCGGGAGUUGAUUAGGUUGCAUGAGGUUCAUGGGGCUUUGGUGAGAGUUGGACCUAAAGAAUUGUCAAUCGCCGACCUCGACGGCAUAAAGCUCAUCUAUGGCGCCGGAUCUCAGUUUCACAAAUCGGCCUGGUAUUCCGUCCUCAAAGGCCACCGCACCUUCGACCCCUUCGCCGAACGCGACCCUCAUAUCCACUCUGCACAAAAGAAACUGGUCAUCCGUCCCUACGCCAUGGAAACACUCAAAGACUUGGAACCGUAUGUGGAUUCAACGGUUUAUCAUUUCAUCAGCCGCAUGAAGGAGAAGAUGACAUUGGGAGAAGUCGACUUGGGAAAAUGGUUCCAACUUUUCGCCUUCGAUGUUAUUGGGGAAAUUACGUUUAGUAAGAGGUUUGGGUUUAUGGAUGCGGAGGAAGAUGAUGGAAGUUUGAAAUCUGUGGAGAGUACUUUGGCUUCGGCAUCUUGGCUGGGUCAUGUACCUUGGGUUUUUUGGACUCAUGACUAUCUACGUCCUUGGAUUGGGAAUUGGCUGGGUGUUACCAACCGUACUGGAUCCUUGAUGCAACGAGCGUUGAAGGAAGUGGAAGAGAGGAAGAAGAGAGGGACGGAUCGUAACGACUUCCUCGAGAAAUUCUUUAGAUUGCAGCGGGAGAAGCCUGAUCAAGUCACUGAUACGGCGGUCAUCAGUAUGGCUGCUGCUAACAUUACCGCUGGAUCUGAUACCACGGCUAUCAGUCUGAGAUCGAUCAUCUACCAUCUCCUCCGCAACCCCCAACAUCUGGAAACUCUCCGCCAGGAAAUCGACACAGCGCGCCGCGAAAACAGACUUUCGGAUCCAGUCACCAUGGAAGAAGCAGAACGCAUGCCCUUCCUCCAAGCUUGCAUAAUGGAAGGCCUGCGCAUCCACCCAUCAAUCGGCGGUCUUCUCCCCCGCGACGUCCCUCGCAGUGGUUGUGUCAUCGCCGGCCGCUUCAUCCCCGAAGGUCAUGUAGUCGGCACCUCAGCAUGGGUCAUCAACCGCAACACCUCCAUCUACGGCCACGACGCUGCAGAAUUCAACCCUUCACGCUGGAUCAAAGGCAACAAAGCCGAAAUGCAGAGGUAUUUCUUGACUUUCGGUGGCGCGAAUAGAAUGUGUUUUGGAAAAAACAUUGCGUUUAUGGAAAUGACCAAGAUGGUUCCUACCUUUUUGAGGCAUUUUGAUGUUCAAUUGACGUAUCCGGAACGUCCGUUGAAGGAGAAGAAUUUCUUCUUCGUCAUUCAAGAAGGACUAAUCGUGAAUUUGAGAGAAAGAGGAGAUGAGCAGAGUAAUGGAGGUGCUGAGAAAGAGGUUUACUAAAUGUUACAGAUGCGAUUUGCUUACAUUUUCUUUUCUUCUUAUUGCCUUUUUCCAGAGGCCUCUUAUCUUAUACCAUGGCGGAACAGAUUGCUUUCUUCGUAG